GAUAAUCCUGAUGAUACCCUCUUGAUAGUUUUCUGAAGGUAAUCAUUCUAAUUUGCUAGCAAGUAGAGUCCACCUGACAAUUUAUGCUGCACAAAUAUUUCUAAUAAGUUGUAAAUAAUAAAGCGUGUUCUCCCUAACAGAGAGCACGUGUUGCGGUUGGGGGAACAAGCCACCCUGCCGUUACUGGGCAGAUUUUGUGAGGAACCCAAGCCUUUAAGUGGUUAAAAUUGGGUUGCUGGGGAGUUUUGAUUGUUGCCAAUUUGGAGGAGGGUCAGAGUCUUUAAAUACAGGGGCCAGACGUUGGACGUCCUCUUGGCCAUUUGCACCAGAUCACCCGCCUCCCUCCCUGUUAAUAGGGUGUUUUUUUCUUGAUCGCUGACCUUGCUAUGCCUGUCAUGGGGUCGUCCGCCUUGGAGCGGGGCCUGGUAGGAAUUCUGCCAUCUGGCUGAUUGGCUGGUGCCAUUUGGUCUUUGCCUACUGCAUAGCAAAUCGUCACAACUUGUAAGGUUGGCGGUUAGGCAUUGGUUAAAUUGGUGUUUGGAGGGUAAGUGCCUAUCCCUCCAAAUGAUGCGGAAAGGAAUUCCGUUAAAGGAAUCCAGGGCUUGCCAUUCUUUUCGUCCUUGUCCCUGGAAUCGGACUUGGGCCGUGCAAGCCCCACAGGAACAUGAGGGUGAGAAGUGAGGGACUGAUACCCAGCUUCAUUUUCUCACCCAAUACUUGUUUCCCACGCUGGCUUCCGGUCAUUACAGUAGCUGUUAAACCAGAAUCAAAUCAACCCCCUCCCCCAAUAAAAUACAAUGACCCUACAAGACAACUCAAAGACUAGCUUAACAAUCAGAGGGCUGAAAGGAAAAGAAGUACCAUUAGAACUCUUCCUAAAAGCCUCCAGAGAAGGAGUUCAGUCCUCCUUUGACCGUCACUGGAAAGUAGGGACACUUGGAGGGUACGGAAAGCAGAUGGUCUGUCACCGUGCUAUGGGGCCUCCUUUAUAGUGUCUCCUUCUUUGUGGGACGUACAUUUGGCUCCUUUAAACAGGCCUUAAAGACCAGCUUGUUUUAAUCUGCUUUUUGCUGGAUUUUUUGCUUGUAAUUUCAACUGUUGCUGUUAUUUUACUGCUGGUUUCAGAGCAAAUUUCUUUUCCAUGUCAUUUAUGAUGAGUUUUCAUUCCGUGUUUCGAUACCCACUUUAUAGGGAUUUGAUGUGUGAACUGAGGUCUUUUUACUGUGAAAGGUGGAAUGAAAUAUUUAAGUAAAUCUUUUUAAAAAAUGCUUUGAAACUGUUUAGGGCUGGUUUCUGAAUGCAGAGACACCUAAUGACUUGAUUUGUGGCCAUAGUGAAUGCCUCCCUAAGUCCCUUUCACAUAGAUGGGCACAACUUCAACAUCAUAGAUGGUUAGGAGAAGAUUGGUCUGAAAGCCAGUCAGAUUUAGGUCAGGUGUGAAUUGAUAAUAUGAACUGGCUUCCUUCCAACAUGUGGCCUGGAGCUGAAGGAGAGAAUCGAGAGACUGGGCAGCUCCUGGGACAAUGCUUUGACAAAGUUAGCAUGUGCCGGGCCUUCAGUUUCACGCUUGAGUUCAUCUCCUCAGCGUAAGUGACUGGAGUCAUGACUGCCUUCACCACGCAGUGCAUUAAUGGGUUGAGACAUAUCUGGAUUUCCUGAAUGAUGUAUGAUAGGUGACAAACUGGUGCCCACUGAGGCUUGAGGGAGACCUGGAAGAAUAUCGUAGCUAGGUGUAAAUUAAAAGAAAGUGUCAGUUGUAGACACUUUGAAAUAGUUCCAGAAUAACAGCUGUCACCAUUUCCCCUGGAGGCUCCAAUUUCUAUGAUGUGAGUGCAAAGUGUUUCCUCGCUAGUUCGUAAGUUCUAAAUGCUGACACAACUGAAAUUCAGUCACUAAACACCAGGAUUUCAGCUUCCAGAGAAGCUAUUCCAUUCUCCCCUGCUUAUAAUUGAGCUUUAGACAAUAAGCACAGAGGUAAGCUUCCUAAUUAGAAGCGAUUGCUAGUUUUGAAAUCAUCUAAAGAUGAGAGAACUGCCCUUUUAUAUAAGACAUGCUUGCUAUAUAAUGUUAUUGGUUUGAAAGGCUGGUAUAUUAGUGGUGACUAAGACCUAAUUUAAAUGGGAUGCUCACUGAAAUGAGUGACGGGCAAUGCAUAGACCUAUGCAAGCAUUACAGCUGGCUGACACCUCAUUUCAAUGCCAGUGUGCCAGUCUGUAAACUUGCAGUGCCAGACCCUCCAAAUGUCUAUUUUCCAGGGAUGUGCCUGAUUUAGUGAAGCUGUUCCAGUUUCUGAUUUGAUCCCCGAAAGUCCUGCUUUUCCUUAGGACGUCCCUAUUUUAAUUGGAGAAAUGUUGGAGUCAACCGACCCCCAAGCCGUCUGAAGGCAAUCCUGUACAGUAGCUCUUCAGCUUACGUAACUCUCUGGUUAUGUAAACUUCACGUUACAAAAGUGGCAAACCUGGAAGUAUUGGACUGGGUUUUGUCAUGCACGCAUGUACAGAAGCGGUCUACCACCACGCACAUGUACAGAACAGUGAUCCUCGGGUUGUGGACCUCCGGAACGGAUCCCAUUUGCAACCAGAAGUACCACUGUAUAUGGAAGUUUUUUAAAAAUGUUUAUUAUAUUUUUAUAUAUGUUGGAAGCUGAUCUUAUUUUAUUUUAUUCUUAGACAGAUUUACAAAAAGAAAAAGAAAAACACACCAAUAAAUACAUUUUAGAAUGGGGCAUGAUUGGAUGUGGACACACGACACAUUUUUUAAAAAUAAAAAAAUCAAGAGUCAUUGCACUCUGCUGUGUGGGGCAGAGGGCCUUCUUGGUAGUGGCUCCCGCUCUGUGGAACACCAUCCCAUCAGAUGUCAAGGAAAUAAACAAUUACAGUAUCUGACUUUUAGAAGACAUCUAAAGGCAGUCCUGUAUUGGGAAGUUUUUAAUAUAUGAUGUUUUAUUGUGUUUUUAAUAUUCUGUUGGGAGCUGCCCAGAGUGGCUGGAGGAACCCAGCCAGAUGAGCGGGGUAUGAACAAAAAAUUGUUGUUGUUUUUGUCAAGGUAACUCUAGAUGUGAGAGACAUUUGACCCAUGCCUAAUAUUUGUCGAAAACUUAUUUAUUUUUUUGUUGGCCAUGGCAUCUGACUUGUUGGCCAACAUGCUUGUUAGAACUAUUGGCCAUGUGCUGAUCAACUAUAGAAGAGUUGGCUGUGGCAUCACCAGAAAGCAGUUGACUUCAGAGGAUUUGGUUCCUUGUGUGAAAUUGAAGCCCUUUGUUUUCCAAAUAGCUUCUUCCUCCUUCUGUGGUGUGUGAUAUGCCUUUGCUUCAUUCUCCCUUCCCCAAAAAAUCUCCCUGUGGCCGUUCCUUUGCACACAGAAUAAAGAAAGCUCCUUUGGUUGUGGGCUCUCUGUUUUCAUUGCAAUUACUUGCCCCUGACCUUUCCUAAAACGUGUAAAAUCACAAGGAGAUCCGCAUGAAAGGAAUCAUGUGCUGCCAGAGUACUUAUCCGGGGAAGCUCAUUGAAGUAGAAAGGGAUUAAGAGGAGCAAGAAAGAGAGAGAGAGAGGGUCACGCCAAACCAAAUUGUUGGCAAGGCUGGGAUUAGAAAGCAGACAGAAAUCCAAAACAAAAUAGUUCGGCUUGGUUUAGGGCAGCAGCUGCAGCAAGAACUGCAACCUAAAAGUACAAUCAGCCAAGAAGAAAAAAACAAUUAACCAAUAAAGAAGAUAACAAAGCAGAGAAAUCUUCUGGAAAAAGUAUGUAUUAAGAUUGUUUUGUUGUCAACAAAGUGAUAAAAUGCUGAUGUGUAUAGGAACAAAUUUGUGGGAUUUGGGGAUGAAGGGCAGUUUGGAGAUGCAUCUGCUAGAGCAGGAAUGCAGAAUGAUCUCUUGCAAGCAGCUGCCUGACUGGAGUAUUCUAAUAAUCAGUGCAUGGAAAACUUCCCCACUUUCUUGAAUGGGAAACCCAUAAUUGUUUUGGUUGAGCAAAGGGUUGGAGUUAGAGGGAUGUGGACAGAAAUAUCUGGAUUAAAAUGGUUCUCAUAUGAAGCAAUUUAAACUGCAAUCCUUGUGUACUCAGAAAUGAGUCCUAAUGAUUUUGCAGGGGCUUACUCCCAGGUAAGCGGGAUUAGCCUAUACGUCCAGUGAGGCAGGACAUGCUCUAAGUACUCCGAAGUAGUGACACUGACUGCUGCUUAUGAUUAUGAUUGAUGAUGACGAUGCAGCGAUCCAAAAGACAAUUGCGCUAAACUCUCCCUCAAAAAUGCAAACCCUCAAAAGCAAAUAAGGAGGUUUCUUUCCAUUUGUGAAGGAACAUCGUCUACACCAAGCAAAUAUAGGGCAAAAGAUUAAGAAAGGGCCCCCAAAUGUACGGGUGAAAAGUGUGUCAUGGGUCUGAAAAGCUUGAAGAUACCUCCUCUACAGCAUUUCAAUGCCGUCUUUCAUUUUUGUUUCUUCCAUUUUAGAGUUUUCAUCGCUAUACAGAAAAGAAGUGAGUUCACUGCAUCUUGGCUCACAAGAAAGGACACUGACUUAGAUCUAUUUACUGUUUUUAUUGUUGAAUUUGGACCAUCGCUAUGCAUCUAUCCAUAUUGCUUCUCUUCGCCCUGCUCAGAGAAAUUAGUGCUCAGUUCCCCAGGCAAUGUGCUACUGUUGAUGCGCUGACAAGAGGGGAAUGCUGCCCAGACCUGUCUCCAGUGGUGGUUCCUGGUUCAGACAGGUGUGGGUCAUCUUCUGGAAGGGGGCAGUGUGUACAAGUGACAGCCGAUUCCAGACCCCAUGGACCCCAGUACAUGCACGAUGGGCGAGAUGACCGUGAACAAUGGCCUCUGCGCUUCUUCAACCGAACCUGCCAGUGCAACAGGAAUUUCUCUGGAUACAACUGCGGAGCCUGUCGAGCUGGCUGGAGUGGACCUGCCUGUGAUCAGCAGACACAAAUAGGUAAAGACAAUAACAAGAAAGAGGCAAUAUUUGUGUGUUUUGGCACAGAGGUGUCCCCCUUUUCUGAUGGUUUCAGCCUUUUCAGUAGCUUAGGCUGAUAUUUCUCUGAAAAAUUGAUCCUCCAUAAUGAUUCAGUUUUCAGAACAUCUGUGAGCUCGCAAAUGAAAUAACACUGCAUUUCAAAUGCUUUGGCAUCUGCCUCUCAAGAUUUUCUUCACAGCAGAAGUUUUCAGUCUCUUAGAAUGCAAUAACCCCCUACUCGGAAUUAAAUCUUAUUGUCUUUAGUAGACCUUACUCCUAGGCAAGUGUGUGUUGGAUUUGCAACCAAAAUCAGAAUAUAAAAGAAUUAAAAAUAGCAUAAACAACUUUUUGGAAAGGUAUGCAUUAUAAUGUCUAGAUUGGCGAUUAUGGGGCCAAAUUCAUUGCUUUGCUUAAUAGCACCAUACCUUUCUCUUUCUUCUGUAUUAGCAAACAUCCUGGGUGGGAUGAGGGAAGGAAAUACAACAGAGGCAAUAGAAUAGAAUAGAAUAGAAUAGAAUAGAAUAGAAUAGAAUAGAAUAGAAUAGAAUAGUUGGAAGGGAUCCCAAGAGUGAUCUAUUCCAACCCCAUGCAAUACAGGAAUCUCAACUAAAGCAUCCAUGACAGAUGGCCAUCCAACCUCUAUUUAAAAUCCUCCAAGGAAGAAGAGUCUACCACUGUCCAAGGGAGUCCAUUCCACUGUCAAACAUCUCUUACCAUUAGAAAGUUCUUCUUCAUGUCUAAGUUGGAAUCUCCAAUCUGUUAAAAUCAUCUUGAAUCCUGAUUCUGUCAUCUGCGGCAUUAACUACCGCUCCCAGUUUGGUGUCAUCUACAAAUUAAGAAUUCAGUAAUGAAAUGAGGUGCUAUUUGGAUUGCCAGGUGGGUUUACCACCUUCACCAACAGUUCACCUUGAAGGAGUGGCAGCAACAGGUAUUAUUCCAAUCUGAGGGGGGUUUCCAGGGAAGACAUCAGUAAGAGAUGCUACACUAUUCUAAUGGAAUGGUUUUAAGAAGAGGGCAGAGAUGUCCCAUUAUCUUGUUGUUGCCAGCGUUAGAGACAUCAGUGCUAUUUUUCUGGCAAAAGAGGUGCCGGAACUCACCAUGAACGCUUCCCUUGUUCUCUUAAAAUGGCAAUGGUGUCCACCUGAGAGAUGCCAGAACUGAGUUCUGGUGAGCUCCGGCUGAAAAAAAGCCCCUGAGAGAUAUAGUAAAAAGAUUGCAGUUCCCAGAUUCACAUGUACAGCAGCAAGCUGUGUGGUACGUUCAUUUGAUCUCUCCUUCCUGGGAGGUUUUUAAGCAGAGAUUGGCUGGCCAUCUGUCAUAGAUGCUUUAGGUGAGAUUCCUGCACUGCAGGGGGGUGGACUAGAUGACGCUUGGGUCCCUUCAGACUCUACAAUUCUAUGAUUUCUGAAUAGAUAUUUUGCACUGAAAUGCAAUAUAUCCCAACUGUGCUGCCUGCUGGAGGUGCAACCAGCUUUUAUGCCUGGCUGGCGGACCCCACAGAAGACUGGCCCUGCCAGUCCACCACCAGAGCACCACCCACUCACCAGGACCCUAAGUGACCCGAUCAAAUUUAAAAUUUGGGUGGGCAAUCCUGCCAACUGCUGUAGCCGACCGAGGCCAAUGCAGCCCUCCCUCAUUCCCCAGCAACCACACCAGGCCACAGUCGCUGCCACCAGUUAUGGUAAUUGGUAUUUAUCGCAAUUAAACUUGAUUGUUUUUCUUUAGCUCAAACCAUUAUAUUAUCAUAACAAAACUCAGCGUUUGGGGCUGGUUCAUAUUAUGCACGUGUAACACCUGGUGGCAGGCCAGUGUGUGAAAGCAAACCUUUAGGUGUCCCAUGUCUUUUGAAUUCCUGGAAGAUUAAUAAAUUCUGGCUCACAGGAUACAAACAUAACUAAUAACCUGAGGAGGAAACAGCUGAGUGGCCUGUGAUACAUAGAAAUCUACUGGCACUGACAAAUGCACAUCUGCACCAUCUGCACUGUGAAUGACCAAGAGUUAUGCGCUAGCCAUAUUCAUGUAACUUUCUGCUACUCAAGACAUCCAUACGUGUGUUUGUGUCUGUUUGAAUUGUCAGCAAAAGGGAUUCCGGUGUUGAGUUAUGUGUGCAGAAAGAGACUCUCUGUAUCUGCCCAUAGUCCACAUCAGCAGAGGAAUCGUGGUGAAAUUUGUGUGUGCACUAAACAGAUGCUUGACAUGUCCCUGGUUCCUACAGUUUGCUUAAGGUAAUUCCUGGAUAGGAAUGAAGCUCCAUUGUGUAAAUAUGGACACUGUCCUUGAAAUAUUAUAGAUUAUAGAUCAUCAGAAGUUACUAUUUGCUUUGGCAAUGGAAUCUCCAUCUCUUCUUAGAGUUCCAAUUCCCAAAUCUUGAAAUCCAUAAUGGAAGAUUAAGAGAAAACUUUGGAUUUAACUCCUGUAUUUAUUCCUGAAUAAAAUACAACAAUUACAUCAUGCUGGAGAAGCCAAGUUCUGAUUCUGAAGGCUUGGGCUUCAUGGAUAUUCCUUUUUAUAUUGGCAACUGAUAGGCAUGAAUUAUUGGUUUCCUUUUUAUAUUUCCCUUUAAUCCAUAAUAUGAUGUAUUUUUAACCUUUAGUCAGAAGAAACCUUCUGGAUCUGAGUAAUGAAGAAAGGAAUCGCUUCCUAAGAGCAUUGCAACAGGCCAAGAAUACAAUUCACCCUGACAUUGUGAUAGCCACAAGGAGACGUGAGGAGAUAUUGGGCCCUGAUGGCAAUACACCACAAUUUGAAAAUGUGUCCAUUUAUAAUUAUUUUGUGUGGUCCCAUUAUUACUCUGUCAGAAAGACAUUUCUUGGACCAGGGCAGCAGAGCUUUGGUGGAAUAGAUUUCUCCCAUGAAGGACCAGCUUUUCUCACCUGGCAUAGAUACCAUCUACUACAGUUGGAGAGAGACUUGCAGGUAAUGGCCUUUCUGUGAUGCACAUGCUAUGCUAACAAGUCAAGGUGUGAACACGUUCCAAAAUGUCUCCCUUUAAGGAACAUCAUCCCCAUUCCCAUCCAUAUAGUGAAACAUUACUAGACUGGCAUCAUAGGAAGAAAUGUCAUGAUUUAACAAGCUCAGGAUUUCAUCUGGUUUUCACCUGCAGCUCAAUGUAGCUCAUCAUUAACCCAGGUUGUUGUUGUUGUUCAUUUCAUCAGGACAUGCUACAGGAUCCUUUCUUUGCCCUCCCCUACUGGAACUUCGCAACAGGUAGAAACACUUGUGACAUUUGCACAGAUGACCUCAUGGGAGCAAGAAGCAAUUUUGACACCACUCUGAUAAGCCAAAACUCAAUCUUCUCUCAGUGGCGUGUUUUGUGUGAGGAGAUUGACGACUACGACACGCUGGGUACCAUUUGUAACAGUAAGUCUGUGUUCUUUGGGUAUACUUUGUUGUUGCUAGGCCCCUGGCCCCCAAAGAGCUAAUAUUUUCACAGAUUCCAGGCCAUUUUGCCUCCUCGUCUUCUUCCUUUGAUGGCCAGAACUGGAAACAAAGAGGCAAGACAGGAGCAGUGGUGGAUCUUGGGGCCUCAAGUUUCAGCAAUGCCAAAAUUCAGCACUCCUCCGGCCUCUUGCAAUCCUUUCUAGAUUAUUGUUGUGGUGUCUGCUGUUGCACCCCGAGGCUUUGCUCCGAGUGUCACCAAACCAGUUGUGCUCCCCUAACAGGAGAAUGGGACAGUUGCACUAGAGUUGUAUUUUAUUAUUUACAAAGUGUAAAUAAGAGUACAGGAAGCUCACCAAAAACUAAUCAAGUUAACUGUGGCUGGUAAGCCAACCUCUGCCUAAGACAAGAGGCACAGUUCCUCCUUUCCUCCUUAUCUGAGCUGCAUCAUUAAAACCAAUAGGGAUGUGUUCCUGUCCCAUCCAUUCCUGAGGCCCUGCAACUCUGACCAGGUGUUGCAGAUCAGCCUCAAAGGUACCCUGUAUGCUGCCUAUGGCUCCUACAACCCUGUGUGAUGGGUGUUAGGAAAUGCCCAUCACCCACCAAGAUACAUGAGCCUAAUCAAUUUCCUGCCAUCUUCAUUUUCCACACCUUCCUGCCCCAAAUUGACUACCACACCAAGCAAAUAUUGACUAGAUGAGUUUUAUAGUUGAUGCAGCAAAAAAAAGAAAAUGCUUGACAGAUACAUAUGCUUUGCUUCCAUGGAACAUGGUGGCCUAGGGUGUUGGUCUUCAACUGAUGGGUUGGGACACAUCACUGGGUCACAGACUGUUCCAGGGUGGAUCAAAACAGGAACACUACCACCAUGCAAAUAAGUGGUAAAUUAUUAAGAAAUGGGUACAUAUUUGAGUUAAAAGUGGUUCCUGGGUCUGAAAUAGUUGAAGAUACCUUGCCUUGGAUAGCUCAUUAUCUUGGCAUUGUUCCAUAUAUGCUUUGUCUGAUCUUAGAUCAGCAGUAAAAGAGUCUAGAAUCCUUUAUUGGUCAUUGUUGAGAGUCAGCAUAAUUCUCACACUAUACUGACUCUGGAGCUUGGGGGUUCUCUGCUUGAGCACCAGUUCCCAGUGCCCCAAGCAGAACCUGAUUUUACCACCAUGGGUUGGAUCCAAUGCAUGUGCAGAAUAAUUUGCACACAUGCAAUGGAACUUCCUAUCCCAAACCUACCCCAACCUACAGGCACAUGCAGAGAGAGAGAGAGAGAGAGAGAGAGAGAGAGAGAGAGGAGUGUCUGGUUGGCCACUAUGAGAAUAGGAUGCUGAACUGGAUGGGCCACUUAUUCCCAGGCAAGUGUGCAUAUAAGAUUGCAAUUGACUGCAACUUUUGAGCAGGGAUCAUCGUGGUCAGUUACAUAGGUUGGCAUGGCCAUAGUUCUCACUGUGAUACCCGACAAUGAUUAUUAAUAGCUUAGCUCUCACUGCAGCAGAACUAUUUCCAAGGCAGCAAGGCUACAGCUCUCUUAUGCAUGUCUGAUGGUAUUGCCACUGAAAAGUCUUUUGCAACGAUUCAAGCGGUGCACAGAGUGGCCCUUAGCCAAAAGCCAAAGACAUUGCCUGUUUUCUCUGAGUCUGACCCUCUCUUUCCUAGGCUUUGUAGUCUGCAAACACAUCAAAGCUCACCCUCUUUCUGCUCCCUCCCCUUCCUUCAUACGCCAGGCACAGAAGGAGGCCCAAUUAGACGAAACCCUGCUGGAAAUGUUGCCCGCCCAAUGGUGCAGCGCCUGCCUGAGCCACAGGAUGUUGCUCUUUGCUUAGAAGUCGGAUUGUUCGAUACGCCUCCGUUCUAUUCAAAUUCAACAGACAGCUUUCGUAAUACAGUGGAAGGCAAGUAAUUCUCAAAUAAAAGGUCUGAAACCAGAGGGACGUGGAGCUCGCCGUACUCACCGAGUUUGCACAGGGUGAAAAGUAGUCAAGUUAUUUUGCAAGAGAAAGAAUCUAUUUAGCAAACCAUCUUUUUUUAUAUACCAAUACAUCAUUAUGUGAGGAAAGUAUUCUCAAGAUCUGGAAGUCAGAUUGGGUGAAAUGGGGACCCCGGUGUAUCGUUUAUGUUUUCAUAAACUGGAACAGGUUAUAAUAAUGUACAUUUCAUUCCUUCCUUCAUUAAUUAAUAGAAUAUUUAUAAACCACCAACUAUCACGCCAGUUUCAUUGUGAUCACAAAAACAUCAUAAAAUUGCAAAUGCAUAUUUUUGUUCUUGUCCUAAAUGCAAGACUUACAUUCUGACCUAGAUAGUACUGAUCUGGACGGACCAAGGUUCUUACUCAUAUGUGAGUCAGUUUCUUAUGUUCCCCUGACAUUUACAGAGAGAGAUGCAUGGGGAAAUAUUGCUGUACUAUAUUUGUUUAAAUAUAAAGCCAAUGCAGAAUUUAACAUUUAAUUCUGUUCAGCCCAGUUUGAGCUCUUGGCCUCACUGCAGAAGAAGGCAGAAUAUUCCCCACCUAAUUAUUUCAGUUCUUCUGAUGACCAAGAUUCUGACAUUACAAGAAUUUGUUUAGUGGUGCUGGAGAAUCAGCGCUGAGAAUUUCUGGGCUCCCUGAAGCAGAAGGUCCUUCUCCAAAGUCAAUCUGCUGGCAGCCAUUCAGGAAAAGACAUGUGGGGAGCUGGAGGAACAGCUGGCCCAUUAGGAUACAUAAGAACAUCUUGACACUUGUGUCGACGGCUAGAAAAUGCACGUGGUGGUUUCAAUUAUGUUUGCUGCCAUUCCGACCCAGAAGCUGCCGCUGUAGCUCAGUGCAAGACAGAUUUGUGUUUGUGUUUCACCACCAACGUGCAACAUUCCACUUUGCUUGCGCAACAAACCCACGAGCAAGCAAAUCACUUUGUAUUCAUAGAGUAUCAUUAUUUAAUCUCAAAGUUGAGUGUCCCGAGGAAAUAGCAAUCGUGUGCAUUUGAAAGAGUCUGUGAUAUGCAAGGAGCAAUGCCAUUUAUUUAAAGAAGUCAAGAGAGUGGUCCAAAAUCAUGGCAAACUGAAUUAUAACCAGCUGCUUUAAUCUCACUGCUGUUUCCAAUUUACACCUCUUCUUUAUUCUUACGCGCAGGUUACAGCGACCCUUCGGGGAAGUACAAUCCAGCCGUACGUAGCCUUCACAAUCUGGCCCAUCUGUUUUUGAACGGCACGGGAGGGCAAACCCAUUUGUCCCCAAAUGAUCCCAUUUUUGUCCUCCUGCACACAUUCACCGACGCUCUUUUUGACGAAUGGUUGAGAAGGCAUAAUCCUGGUGAGUUCUUGUGGUUCACAUUAUUUAACCUUCAGGCAAAGAGAACAAUUUGCCCACUGCCCGAGUCCCACUCAGCAAAGUGGGUGAGAUGCAAAGGACAGGCUUCUGUUCCCACUUGCACAAACAAGCUGCUAUGAUCCCCUUGCAACAACACAGCCCUUUCAGAGGCCUGGGCUUGAGGAUCAGGGGCACAAUCACAUCCUUUUACUCCUGUCUUCAGAAGCAGAAUAAUAUUUAGCCAAAGAAGGAGCUAUUGUCUUGGUUGAUGAUGCAGGAUAAAUUACACCCAGGGAUCACAAGAUCUUAAUGGAGUUUCCCCAGGUCAGUUGACCGGAACAGCAGAAAUAGUUACAUACUCUUUUCUAAUUGCAUAAAUUCACAAAUCACACACUGCUGCCCUUCAUUCUCUACCUCUCUUGCAAAAAAAGAAGAGGGGAAAAGGAUAAAUCAAACAAUGUACUUGCUGUCACAGGGUAUAUAUUUGCAUAUAGUCUUAAAAAAAAUCCUCUAGCCAUUUUUGUGCGUGUCUUACAAUAAGUCAAGUGGCAAUUCUGGCAAGUUCAAAAGAGCUGUUUGUUACUGCUGUAAAAUCACAUAAGUUCGUGUCAUGUUCCCCUAACAAAUACAAAAGAAAAGCAGAUGGCAUGGCAGGAGGCAGCCAGUCUCUCUGGGUUUCUGGGCAAAGAAAGAGCAAAAGGAAGGAGAACAGAGAAGAAGCAAACAUACAGGGCUUCAGAGUAUGUUUUUCGACUGCAUUUGCAGGGGUUGACUCUAAGGGUGCUCAGAAGCUUAUCAGGAAAUUCAAUUGUUGAUGGAUAAACAUCCUUGACCAAUUGCUUGUCCACCUUUGCUGAUCUCCUCCUGCACCUCCUGCAAUGAAAAGUCACGGGAAAAUGUUCGGCAUGAGCCCUCUCUCUGCUUCUGUGAGGGUAACAAUGAGGUUAGAAGGACAUCACUGGUGUCCCCUGCAAGGAUGUCCCAGAUUGCUUAUUUAUUACAUUUGUUGGUCACCUGACAUGGAAGCCUCAGGGAGAAGGGUCACCAACCCAUCACCUAUGGGUGCCAAUGUACUUCUAAUGGCACUCAUGAAUGGUGUCAGCAAAUAGCCUCUCAAGAAUCCACAGUGCAUGAGAGACUGUUUGCUCUUCCUGCUCAGUUCCUGUUUGCAUUUUCUUAACCCCACCGGCAUUGAACACGUUGCCUUAAAGAUGACCAGCCCAGUGUACAUUGAAUGCCAGGACUGGACAACCUUUCAUUAUGAACAAGAGAGAAGUGUAAAGAGCUUCACUCUGCUUGUGGACUGUUUCAUCGUCUUCCCAUUAAUCAUUCAUUCAUCCCACACUUUUCAUUCCCCUCGCUUUCCAAACUGCAAAAACUUGGGUGUAGGAAUGCUUUUGUUCUGCUAGGGUAACAAAACACUUCAACCAACUCUAAUGGCACAAAUCUACAGUUCUGGUACGCACUUAAAAUCCCUAUUGCAAAAUAUUGACAGUCUGGAGGCACCCUAAUUGUUUGUAAUCUGGGAGUGGCCACAAAGACUCCAUGUGAAUUUUGUUAUCUUUACCAAGUUUCUGAAACUGAACAAGCAAAACAUUUCCCCCCCUUUAGAUAUCUCGAUCUACCCACUAGAGAAUGCCCCCAUUGGACAUAACAGACGGUACAACAUGGUACCAUUCUGGCCCCCCGUGGCCAACAAUGAGAUGUUUGUUACAGCACCAGGAAAUCUGGGAUACAGUUAUGAAGUUCAGUGGCCAAGUAAGUUAUUAAGCCUCUCCUUUUCAUUACAUAACUCUUUCUUCUUUUCUGUUCAAGUGGUUCAAAUUUUGAUUUACUAUUUACAAAUAUUAUGUGCAUGAAAUAGCUAUUAAGGGCUGUGCUCCUUUCCAUGGCUGCUUAAACUUGAACUGUAUCUAAUUUGAAGCCUAACAGAAAUCACUGGUUUUUCAAUCUAUGUAGUUUGCUUCACCUGCUUUAAUGAACAAAGAAACAUUGAGGGGGAAAUGCACAUUUUUGGUAUCAUCAAAUGAUAACACUGAAUAUUCAGGAUUCAACAACUGAGUCAAUGGAGCAAAGAAAGCAAUAAAAAACAAGUGUGAUCCAAAAAGACACUAUCAGAGGAGUAGAUUGGUUCCUUAGUUUGCCCUUGCUUUCCCCAUGUUUACAAUUCAGAAAUAAUUCAUGCUCUUUUCUAAGGAAGGUCAGUUUGGAUAUAUUAAUGCACAAAUUCUGAAUACAUAGCCUAAUGAUAGUCUAUUAAAAAAGAAGUUUCCCUGUUCUGAUUUACAGAGGAAAUAAUUCAGGUUGCAUGAGUUGAAUUAAGUCCCUCAGAAACCCACCAUCACACAGUUCUUGAAUUGCUGUGGAACUUCGUAUUAGACAGAAAGAAGUACUUCAAUAAUAAUAAUAAUAAUAAUAAUAAUAAUAAUAAUAAUUUUAUUAAGACUAUUACAAUGAGAUAAAGUAAAAGAAAGAAAUGUAUAAAACAUUUUUAAAGUUGCAAUCAACAGCAACUUGAAAUGACUGGGACUUGUUAUUAUUGAUAAUCUCUAAAAAGAAUAUUCAAAUGGAUUAGACUUUUAGCUACAUCCAGUGAUGUAGCGUGGAUUCUCAGCAUCUGGGGUGUGCAGUCUGAGUCAGCGGCGGGUGAGGUGAGGGAGAAAGAGGCUCAAAACCGCCCCUCGAUGAGGGCAGAUCUGAGGACUGAGGCACCCCAUUUGCAAAGGAGGCAGCGGCUACCGGAGCCUCUUGCCUCUCCUUGGUGGGUGGCAGCAGCGCCCUCCGUCUCCCUUGACUGGCCCAGGGGUGGGGCAUGUGCAGAUGUCCCUUCACCAUCCACAAGGGGGGGAAUGUGCUGCCCCAGCCCAGGUGUGAAUUAGAAGAUUGAGGGGGCCUGGUGUGAGGGGGCCUGCUUGCACCCCCUCACACCCUUUCACAAAUCUGCACCAGGGCCAUGACCCCCCUGACCCUCUCCGUCUACAUCACUCAAGACUUUAACCCUGUGUGCCCUUCCUUCUGUUUCUUUCUAGCUCGGGCUCUCCAAGUCACGGAAAUCAUCACUAUUGCCAUUGUCACUGCCUUGAUCCUAGUUGCAAUUAUAUUCGCUGCUGCCACUUGCAUUGUCCGUGCCAGGAGAAACAAGGAUGAUCUUCAUCAGCCGCUUCUCACGGACCAGUACCAGACCUACUCAGACGAUUAUGAUAGCAUACCAACCCCAAGCCACUCUAUGGUGUGAAGUGUCAGCAGUUUAUCUGCACUCUGUAGCAUUUGCUCUUUCUGAUCUGAUUCACAAUAAAGAACAUGAAGAGUGACAAAGCCUUCCUUAGAUUUCAUCUUGCCAGGGAAACCUUGAGUCACUUGUGUUAGACUGGCUCAAAAUUUCCCUCAAGUUCACUCGCUUCACUCCUUAGCCACCUACCUAUGAAAUAAACGUCCUGUACAUCC